AUGCGACGCAAGGCCGAGGACGACCGCCGCGCGGUGGCCCAGGCGGAGCUGGAGCAGACGAAGCAGGCCUCGCAGGCCAGGGAGAAGACGCGCGAGCUGGAGGGCAAGAUCUCUGCGCUCAAGGCGGAGGGCGAGAAGCUCACGGCCGCGGCCGCCGCAGCCGCAGCCUCGGAAAAGGUCGCGGCAACGAAGGCGGUGGAGCUCAGCGCUCGCCUCAACGAGGCACGGGCACGCCUCGUCACCGGUGCAGGCGGCGGGGCCGGGGCCGCGGGCGGCGGGGCUGGCUCUGGAGGCGGAGUCAGCGGCGGCGGUGGUCUGGACGACGGCAUGGCCGGGCAGCUGGCGGAGGUCGGGAAGCUUCAGAUGGAGCUCGAGUCCAUGAGGGCCGACCUCAAGGCCAAGACAGAGGCCCUGUCGACCAGCGAGAGGCAGAGGGGGCAGUACGAGGCCAUGGCCAAGUCCAAGCAGAAGCACGUGGAGGCGCUCGAGGCUGCCGGCAAGGCCACCAAGGAGGAGCUGGAGGGCAAGGUUAAUGAGGCCCUGGCGAGGGCACAGGCUGCCGAAGCCGAAGCACGGUCGACCAAGACCGGACUGGCGUCUACAGUGGCGGACCUAGUGAAGGAGAAGGAGAUGGCGGAGGCGGAGGGUGCCGAGAAGCAAAAGAUCGUGGAGAAGCUUAAGAGCGACCUCCGGCACGUGAGGAGCCAGGCCGGGCAGGAGGCACGUCGGACGGAGGACGUCAGGAAGGAGCUAGAGGUCCAGCGCACGGCGGCAAGGGCCGCAGAGGAGAGGUACCGACAGGAGCUCGAGGCGCACGCUGGAGCCAUCACCGCGCUCAGGCAGGCGGAAGAUGCCCAAGACGGGAGUGACAAGGGCGCGAGGGAAGCGCAACAUGGCAAGGACAGUCUGGGGGCGGAAUUGAUUGGGGCCCGGGCUCGGUGGGAGGGCCGCGAGGGUGCUCUCAACAAGGGACACUACGGGGGUACUGGAGGACGCAUCUUGAAAUGA